AUGUUACGAUUCCUACAAACAUCCAGAUAUUUUAAUAAUCGGCAUAUACCACAUUUUCUUGAGCGAUCAAGGCAAGUUUUUCCACCACUUACACACAGUUACGCAGUUUGGCCUAUUAAAAAAUUUUGUAAUGUAACAAUCAAAAAUGGCUGUAAUAAUUCAUCUGUUGUUGUGAAGCAGCAUGCAAUAAAAACAAGAGAAGAUCUGAAGAAUGCUCAAAGAAUUGUGGUUAAAUUAGGAAGCAAUGUUAUUACAAGGGAAGAUGAAUGUGGCUUGGCUUUGGGACGUUUCGCUGCAAUCGUAGAGCAGGUAUCUGAACUGCAACGGAGUGGCCGUCAAGUGUUAAUUGUAUCAUCUGGAGCAGUUGCUUUCGGACGGCAAAAACUGCGACAUGAACGUUUAUUGUCGCAACAGGUGAGACAAACAUUACGCGGAUCAUCAGAACAAGAAAUCAACAAGAGAGCGUGUGCGGCUUCAGGGAUGUCUGGUUUGAUGAGUCUAUAUGAACAGCUUUUUCAGCAAUAUGGAGUUACCGUUGCUCAGGUAUUAUUAACAAAACUUGAUAUCGAUGAUUCGCAAAGAAGAAAGCAACUUUAUGCGACAAUUGAAAAUCUUCUCAAUCUCAAUAUUGUGCCAAUCGUUAAUGCGAACGAUGCUGUCGCACCGGAUUCAAAAGCAUUGCAAAUUAGCGAUAAUGAUUCCUUGGCCGCUAAAUUGUCAUCGGAUAUUUGCGCCGAUUUACUAGUAAUUUUAUCAAAUGUUGAUGGGGUCUAUACUGGACCUCCUGAUGUGGAAGGAUCAAAAAUUCUCCACACUUAUGUCCCAUCUAAUAGUGCAAAUAUUACUUUCGGAUCGAGUUCAAAAUUUGGAACUGGUGGAAUGGAAUCGAAGGUCGCAGCUUGUAUAUCAGCAUUGGAUAAUGGAGUAACGCCAGUAAUAACAAGUGGGCUUCAGCAUAAUGCGAUAAUAUCCGUAGUUUCUGGUAAAAAUAUAGGCACAAUGUUUAGUAAAGCAAGUGCAAAUGGAUAUUCACAAAUCGAAGAUGUUGCGAAAAAAUGUAAGGAAAGUGGACGACGACUAAAAUCAUUAAGUAACGAAGAAAGAGCACAAAUUAUUGUAAAUUUGGCUGAAACGUUAAAAGCGCGAGAAAAAGAUAUUUUAAAUGCAAAUGCUGUUGAUGUGCAAAAUGCCGAAAACAGUGGUCUAGAAAGAUCGUUACUUAAGCGCUUACUUUUGACCAAUGCUAAAAUAUCAGAAUUAUGUUCUGGACUUUACAAGAUUGCUGAUACUGCCAAAACAGCUCUGCAAAGAGUUAAAAAGCGCAUAAAAAUAGCUGAAGACCUUUUUCUUGAACAAAUUUGUGUACCAAUUGGAACAUUAUUGGUUAUAUUCGAAUCGAGACCGGAUUGCUUACCACAGGUCGCUGCUUUAUCGAUUGCCUCAGGGAAUGCUAUUCUUUUAAAAGGCGGAAAAGAAGCAAAAGCAAGUAAUAAAAUGCUGCAUAGCAUUGUUCAGGAAGCACUUGGCACUAUGGAUUUUCUAUUAAGAGAUGCGGUGUCUCUAAUCCAUGAAAGAGAAGAUAUUGAAGGUUUGAUGCAAAUGACUGACUUGAUUGAUUUAGUGAUUCCACGCGGAUCAUCUGACCUAGUGAAAAAAAUGCAAACUUUGUCUAAAGGUAUUCCAGUAUUAGGUCACACUGAGGGUAUUUGCAAUAUCUAUGUGGACAAAGAAGUUGAUAAAGAGAUGGCCAUUCAAAUUGUUCGCGAUUCAAAAUGUGAUUAUCCUGCAGCGUGCAAUGCGGUUGAAACGGUUCUUAUGCACAGAGAUCUUUUUUAUACACGAUUCUUCGAUGAUUUAUGUGGAAUGUUUAAAACUGAAGGUGUUCAACUGCACGUUGGACCAAAGCUUUAUUCCAUUCAAAAAUUUGGUCCACCAUUGGCAGAAAAACUAAGAUUCGAAUAUGGAACGCUUGAAUGUACCUUAGAGGUUGUCGAUUCAACUGAUGAAGCUAUUGAUUAUAUCAUGAAAAAUGGGAGUGCACAUACCGAUUCUAUUAUCACCAAAAACGCCGAGACUGCUGAACGUUUUCUGCGACAAGUCGAUAGUGCCUGUGUAUUUCAUAAUGCGAGCACACGAUUUGCCGAUGGAUAUCGCUUCGGCUUAGGCGCUGAAAUAGGCAUUAGCACAGGACGCAUUCAUGCUAGAGGGCCCGUUGGUUUAGAAGGCUUGUUAACAACAAAAUGGAACCUUCGAGGCAAUGGUCACACAGUAGAACAGUUUAAACAAGGAGGUCGAUUUCAAUACAUUCACGAAACUCUUUCAUCAUCUGAUAAUUAA